AUGGGACAGCUUAAAUUCAAUACAUUCGAGGAGCAUCAUGCUGACAUGUACGGAAGUGAUUUACCUAAUCCUGACACACUCUCUGCUGAGCUGCAUUGUUGGAGAAUCAAGUGGAAACACAGAGGGAAAGAUAUAGAACUUCCAUCCACUAUUUAUGAAGCCCUUCAUCUGCCAGACAUCAAGUUUUUUCCUAAUGUUUAUGCAUUGCUGAAGGUCCUAUGUAUUCUUCCUGUGAUGAAGUUUGAGAAUGAACGCUAUGAAAAUGGGCGAAAGCGUCUCAAAGCAUACCUGAGGAACACUUUGACAGACCAAAGUUCAAGUAACUUGGCUUUGCUUAACAUAAAUUUUGAUAUAAAACACGAUUUGGAUUUAAUGGUGGAUACAUAUAUCAAACUCUAUACAAGUUAA